CUAGGUCCCUACUACUACAGCGGCGUCAUGCUGUACCUAGUACUUUACACAUAUGCCCCUUCAUCCACAAAGAGGCUUCGUUUCCCAAACUUCACACUUCACCAACCGCCUUCUCUCUUGGUUUCCUCUACCUCUCCCAAGGGUACCAUGGUAUCUCUACAGCUAUUUUUAUCUUGCUCAUAGCAGAUUUGGCUACAAUGAGGCGGUGGUUCCCUCUGGCGCUCCUGUUUCUACAGGCUGUAGCGCUCGCUGGUGCUGCAGACCAGCAAGUCCUGGCGGCAGACCAUGAUACCACGCAAACUGCUCAGUCCGAGUCUCCCGCCGAAACCGACAUCGGUCCAGGCGAUCAUCAUGGUUGGAAUCCUUACCAAAAUGGAUGGGAGCUCGUUAGCGACGCCAUGGUCGAACUGCGAAAGAUUCGCCCGCCUACCCAUCGACGCCCAAAGAAACAGGCCGGCUUCUUUACUGCUUUGUUCCAGUUCGCGCUGAAAGCCCUUCCGAGCUUGCGCGCAACCGCUCCGUCUGGCCACGAGCAUGCGUCCCCUGUCAUCACCGGUCCUCUUGUUGAUAGUGUCAGACUGCUUCAGCAAGCAGCCGACCAGAACAAUACCGAUGCUAUCUAUCUAUUGGGCCAAUUCAACUUUUACGGAAACUACUCUCAUCCUAGGAACUUCAAGGUCGCCUUCGAUCACUAUCAUAGACUGGCCUCGGAGUAUGGCAACAGUUCCGCGCAAUACAUGGUUGGUCUAAUGUACGCCACCGGUGUUGGCGAUGCGGUGCAGCGAGACCAGGCUAAGGCGCUCCUCUACCACACUUUUGCCGCCGACCAGGGGCACACGCGCUCAGAGAUGACCGUAGCUGCCCGGCACAUGAAUGGGAUUGGGGUGCCAAAGAAUUGUGAGGUCGCUUGCAAGUAUUACAAGAGGGUAGCUGAUAAGGCCAUGGCUUGGUUCCGGUCUGGACCCCCAGGUGGAAUGACUAUUGUGCCCGACGCAUAUCGGCUCUCUGACGAAGUUGGUGGUGUUUAUGGUGAAGGCGCCAGUUUUGUCAGCUCCGGCAUCAAUGCUCUCAAGGCGAGUCCCAAUUCUGAUGUUUACGCGUCAAUUGACGAUGUAAUUGAGUACCUCGAUUUGAUGUCCCAAAAAGGAGAUUUCAAGGCAUCUUUUAACUUAGGACGGCUUUACUACGAAGGACAACGAGGCUUAGAAAGGAAUGUUGACCUAGCUCGACGGUACUUCCUCAGCGUGACAACUAAGUAUUGGCGUUCUAAAGACGGCCGUUCUGUCGAUGGGGCAAAACCGCAGCUCGAGAAAACGGCGAGCAAGGCUGCCGGAUAUAUUGGACGUAUGUGGCUGCGAGGAGAAGGCGUUGCUCAAGACUUUAAGAUUGCCCAUAAAUGGUUCGACCGUGGUAUCAAGCAUGGAGACGCACAAUCUCAAUGGGGGCUGGGUCUCAUGUACCUUCAUGGUUAUGGAGUACGUAAGGACGUCCAAAAAGCGAGCAACUAUUUCAGAGCUUCAGCAGACCAGGACUUCAGCCUGGCCCAUGUCGCUCUAGGCGCUCUUCACCUAGACCAGGGUCAGCCAGAGGACCUAAAAGCAGCUAACUUAUAUUUCGAAGCUGCUGCUCGAUGGCACAAUCUGGAGGCCCAAUACUACCUCGCAGAAAUGAUCCAUCACGGUGUUGGACGAGAUAAAACUUGUGGCGUAGCCAUGCAAUACUACAAGAAUGUGGCUGAGCGGUCCGAAGCCUUGGUCUCCUCGUGGAUAGAGGCUAACCAAGCAUAUGAAGACGGCGACCUUGAGCUUGCCUUCUUAGACUACGUAAUGGCUGCUGAACAAGGAUAUGAGAAGGCUCAGAACAACGUUGCGUUCCUUCUGGACCCAACGCAUUCCGUGUUUUCUCUGCCGGAUUGGUUAAAACGGCAGGCUUCUAAGCCACGUCUCCUCCAAAACACGGCGCUGGCACUGAUAUACUGGACGAGGUCGGCGAUUCAAAACAACAUUGACUCGUUGGUCAAGAUGGGAGAUUAUUAUUUGAGUGGCAUUGGAACCGAAGUCGCUUUGGACAAGGCAGCUCAGUGCUACACGGGAGCUUCCGAAUACUUUCAAAGUGCUCAGGCUCUUUACAACCUCGGAUGGAUGCAUGAAAAUGGAGUUGGCCUUACGCAAGAUUUUCAUCUAGCUAAACGCUACUACGACCAAGCAUUGGAGACGAACGAAGAGGCUUACCUCCCUGUCACUCUCAGCCUGUUAAAGCUGCGGGUGCGCAGCGCGUGGAAUACGUUCACACAUGGCAGAAUCAACUCAAUACAAGACGAGCCUGCGCCAAGGAAAGAUUGGUCCUUGAGGGAGUGGAUCCAAAACUUCCUACAAGACGAAAAUGUAUAUUACGAAGAUCCCUAUGCAGAAUAUUAUGACGAUACGAUUACCGGGAGCGAUGGAGAGCCGAUGGGCGAUGAGUUGGAUGAGGACAUUGAUGGCAUACUUGAGAGUUUUCUGAUCCUGUCGCUCGUGGCAUCGAUCAUGUUUCUCAUGUGGUACCGCACCCAGAGACAGCAGGCCCAUAGACAGGCACAGGACAAUGCGGCGCGACAGCAACAAGCGGCCGAGGCAGCCCAGAACGAUCUGCCACCGGAACAGCAACAGCAGCCCAGAGCGCCGGGGUUCCCUCCGAUGGGCCUGGGCGACCCGAAUUUCGCUCAGUGGGGAGCUGGAGGUAUUGGCUUUUGAUCGAAUCAGCUCAGGCACGAGCCGACAUCUACUACUGUGAUAGUGGAUGAUCAAGCACAUUACUUAUACAUAGACAAACAUUCUCACCUACAACAUGCGUUUACAGGUUUCAUGCCACUGUCUUGGUGAUUGAUUAUUGAAGUGUUUAUCUUGCCUGAAGUGCAAGUUAAGUUGAUACGGUACCUAGUGUAGAGUGUAUGUACAUGUAUGUUUUAUGACGCGGCUUCGAAUUAUCGUCU